UAAAAAAAAAACAACUUGGGAGAGUGUAAAAAAUUAACUUUAGAGCUUCAAAUAUGGCGCUUAGUGCAAAGAGUAAGACUUUGCUUCUAAAGAAUCUGACAGAUGCAACAAUGACAGAAAGUAGAACUUGUUUAAUUAGACUGCUAGUUAGUCUCAGCCUUUUCAUUUACUAAGGACGAAGUGAGAAUGCCUGGAAUACAAAGGAUGAGAGAUUAUGAUGAAAUUACAUCUUUCCUCGGAGUAUGGGGGCCUUUCCAACAGAUGGUUUUCUUUUCUCUGGCUGCCAGCAUUCUUCCUAAUGGAUUUACUGGUCUUUACAUUGUCUUUGUGGGUGACAGCCCACCCCAUGAAUGUUUGAUACCUGAAGAGGCCAAUAUAAGUGAAGUGUGGAAAAAUGUGGCCAUCCCUAUAGUGAAUGUGGAUGGAAAACAGCAACACAGUAAGUGUACAAGAUACAGACUGGAGGAGAUCAAAAAUUUUUCUGAUUUAAACUAUACACCAGGCUUUGAAGUAAAUGUAAGUGACAUAGAACAGGAGAGCUGUAAGGACGGUUGGAAAUACAGCAAUGAGACAUACGAGUCCACUAUUAUAACAGAGUGGGACAUUGUUUGUGAAAAUGAGUGGAAGGUACCUUUGACAUCAUCAGUAUUAUUCCUGGGUGUGUUGGUUGGAACCUUUGUCUCUGGACAACUGUCUGACAGGUUUGGGAGGAAGCCGGUUCUUUUUGGAAUGAUGGCGAUUCAGACGUUUUUCACCUUUAUCCAGAUUUUCUCACCCAGCUGGGAGGUGUUCUGCGUGAUGUAUUUCUUUGUAGGCUUUGGUGGUUUCUCCAACUAUGUGGUUGCAUUUGUACUAGGAUCAGAAAUUUUGAGCAAGUCCAUUCGUGUUGUAUUUUGCUCCUUGGGGGUCUUUUUUGGCUCAGCCGUUGGGUACAUGCUGAUGCCUGUGGCAGCAUACUUUCUGCGGGGCUGGAGGGCUCUGCUGGUGACCAUGGCUGCCUCUGGAAUCCUCUAUGUCCCACUGUGGUGGUUCAUUCCUGAGUCUCCACGGUGGUUGUUGUCUCAGGGCAGAGUGGAGGAGGCGGAGGCCAUACUGAGAGAAGCAGCCAAAAAGAACAGAAUCACCCCCCCUGACAUCAUAUUCAGCCCCACAGAGGUAGAACAUGCAGUUGCUAAAAAAGAGCAUACACACACCAUUCUAGACAUUUUAAGGAGCUGCAAUAUUCUCUUAAUCACCAUUAUAUCUGCACUUUUGUGGAUAAUAAUAACCAUGGCUUACUAUGCGCUGACUUUGAACACUGCCAACUUGCACGGGAAUCCCUACCUCAACUGUUUUCUCUCUGGCAUUGUGGAAGUGCCCGCAUACAUCGCAGCCCUGCUACUGCUGAAAUAUGUCCCCAGGCGCUACUGCCAAUCUUCCACUCUCUUUCUUGGGGGAGCUGUUACUCUCUUCAUCCAAAUGGUUCCUGCAGAUCUACAUGCCCUGGCGAUUUCUCUGGAAAUGGUGGGAAAAUUUGGCAUCACGUCUGCUUUCUGUGUGGUUUACGCCUUCACUGCCGAGCUGUACCCCACCGUCGUGAGGAACAUAUCAAUGGGAACCUGCUCCAUGGCAGCUCGAAUUGGCAACAUUAUCUCUCCCUAUGUUAUCUACCUGGGCAACUACGACAAGUUUUUGCCUUACAUUCUUAUUGGCAGUCUAGCCAUUUUUUCCGGACUGCUGUCCUUUGCUUUGCCUGAAAGUUUUAAUAUGCCCCUCCCCGAGACCAUCGACCAGAUGCAAAGGCUCAGAGGAAUGAAAGCUAAGAAUAAAACACACUCUGGUAACCUUAAGAAUCUAACCGAGGCUGAAAUCAACAUUACUGUCAUUUGCAAGGAAGACAAACUGUAAUGCAGUCUCCUCUUCACAAACAGAAGUCUACUUUCUAAGAAGAAACAUUGCCCCUAACCCAGGUGUGGCAUUAGGAUGACCAAAAUCACAGGCCAAAGAGCUCAAGACUGGAUAUUGUGGAUCCAUCUACACAAUAUUCCAGCAUAAUUACAGCAUUGGAAAGACAGGAGAGAUAGUUAGCAAGCAGAAACAAAAAUAAUUUUCUGAAGGAAUAAGAUAGCUCAAUAGAAUGCCUUCUUUAAUUGUGGGUUUAAAAAUGGCUUCAAUAUUUGUUCAGCAAUUUUACACUAAUAUUUUAUUAAAUAAAUGCCUGACAUACUGUAACUGGGAUUUUUAUGUUAAAAAAAGAUGUGUUUUGAGUGUGUAUUAGAAUGAAAAAAUGGUCAUCUUUCAAAAGCAAGAAACAUUAUUUGUGGUAAUACCAUUAUGAAAUAUCACCCAGAAUAAUUUACACGAUCAAUGAGAAUAUGACAAAUUGAUUCUUCAAAAUAACCUAGGCGCCCUAUUGUUCUGUGUAUGUACUGUAAGUAUACAAUAGGUACCACUCUAGCAAUUGUAAAGCACCCCUCAGUUUCCCUGUUUGCAUAUUUACAUCAUAUGUCUCUAUAUUCUCAUAUUAUGGAUAGAAAUAUUAUGAAUAUUUAAAUAAAUGAAUAAUUAGA